GCAUUAAAUUAUUACUAUUUCCAAAUUCCAACCUCAAACGCCCUUUUCUUCCUCAUUCUCUUACUGCUCUUACCAUUUGCGCACUUGCCUCUCUUCAAAAUUUGAAAAAUUUCAAUCAUCCAUUCGCGUAACAGCCAGCUUCACUCUUCCUAUGGGCUGCGUAUCUUCCAAUUUGCUAAACAACGAUGACGAGUUCACUCAACUUGGCAGCUCAGCACUCAGUCACCACAUUGUCUCCCUCACCUCCACCACCUAUGGUCUCCUCAAUCUUGACCCACCUCCUCAGUCCGCCGCCACCACUCCUCCAACCCCACCCGCUCGUUUCACCCUGGGUUCUAUCUUCCCUAGCCCACUUUGCGAGCCUAAAUCUCUCUGUCCCGAUCCCAGACCUCUACGAUCAGAUUGCCCUGAAACAAUCGAUUCUUGGGAGCUCAUGUCUGGUCUGGAUAAUGAAAGCUUCCGUUUUUCUCCCAUUAUCAAGAAAGACAGGACCGCUUCAACAGAGAAAGAAAAUUCUAAUCCCAAUUUUACCUUCAACCCAACUCUUGAAUCCAAUAUCUUGAAGCCCUUGAAGAACAGUGGUUUCGCCACUUCUACACCUGGGUCCACCCCCUUGAAAGAUAAUGCGCAUUUGCUGGACAGAUAUGAGAAGUUGUGUCCGCCAAACGGAGAAAACAGAGUUGUGAUCUAUACAACGACAUUGAGGGGAAUAAGAAAGACAUUUGAGGCGUGCAAUUUUAUUCGCACAGCAAUUGAAGGAUUUGAGGUCUUAAUUUGCGAAAGAGACGUGUCGAUGGAUCUCGGCUUUAGAGAGGAGUUAAGAGAGUUGAUGAAGGGGAAGGAGAGAGAGGCGACAGUGCCGCCAAGGCUGUUUGUGAAGGGACGUUAUGUGGGUGGGGUGGAGGAGGUGAUGAAGAUAGUGGAGGAGGGGAAGAUGGGAGAGCUACUACAAGGGUUACCAAAGAAGAGAGCAGGGGAUGUGUGUGAUGGGUGUGGGGAUGUGAGAUUCCUUCCAUGUUUUUCCUGCAACGGAAGCUCAAAAAUAGUGAUGGUGGUGAAGGAGGAGCUGGGGCAGAAGCAGGGGAGGACGCUGGUGGUCAGAUGUCCUGAUUGUAAUGAGAAUGGACUGGUGCUUUGCCCCAUUUGUGCCUGAAGACUGCAAACUAGCCUAUCUUUUUUAUCUGGUUGGGUUUUGUAAAAUCAAAUGCUAAAUCCUUUAUUUGCAUACAAGUAAGUUAUUUCCGCUUACUUGUUGUGGUUUGAUC